CCGCCGCGAGCCGGGACGGGCCGAGCGGCACGGUGGGCACCUCGCUCGCGGGCCCCGGGGGCUGCACCUGCCCCGGCGCUCGUCCCCGGGCCGCACCGGGCCGCACGGGUCCGAGCGGCGCGGACGCCCGCGGCCCGCGGCGCCUUAGGCCCGUGUCACCGCGCGUCUCCCGGGGCGGCGGCCGCUCCGGACCCGGGAAGCGGCCGGCGCCCGGCAGGCGCGCAGCGGCGAAGCCAAGCUCUCCCGCCGGGGCCCCGCGUCUGCUCCGAAGCGUCCGCUCCCACUGCGCGACACCCGCGCGUCCCCUCGGCUCUGGGGCGCCGCCGCCUCGUUCGUCGCCUCAGCCCACACAGCCUCGGCCCGCAGCGCGCACGGACGCCGACGCCGACUCGCAGCGCGCCCGAGCUCCUCGGCCGCGCGCGCGCUCGCCCGCGCGGUGACGCGCCCCUCUCCCCGCUCCCCGCGCGCUCGCGAGGGCGUACCCUCUGGCCCCGCGCACGCGCGCUGGCUCCGCCGGGCUGGCGGCGCGGCGGCUCGGUGGCGCCUGCGGCGGGAGGUGUGGUGGAGGCUUGA